UUUAUGGGGAGGAAACCAUCAAUUACCUUCCCGUUAAUAAGGUGAUUGUCAGCUUGUUCCCGCAGCGGGUACCUCAGGCACGAGCUGAGACGAUGACUAAUGGGUUUCUUCCACAUUCGAUCCUCAAUAACGUGGAAUGUCACCAAGGUUGAUAAGUACCUUCUGGUGCGCUUAGUCAACACCUGGAAUGAUGCUGCUGCAGUGUCUACGGAGGCUAUAUUAGUAUUGAACCUGGUAAUAAUGGUAAUAAAUGUGUUUCUCCAGGCUGUCAAUAUUACUAGUAAGUUUAUCGCCCCUGACUAGAAUGAUUAUGUCAUCGUCAAUUGUAACUAGUUAACUAAGUUAUUGUAUGUUAAUUGUUAUUGUUUAGGAGAAUUGAUGGCUGGAAAAAUUAUAUGGGAGUGGUUAAAUAGGAUAUUAAUCAAAUCGCCCUGAGACAACAGAAAGGAGGUUUAGUUUUAUAUUUAAAAGACCUCAAACAAAGUGGAGCGUUUGGGAUGAAAUGAAAUGUGGCUUGACGGACCAAAGAGCGUGGCUCAUGUGGGUUUUGAAACCCAAAUAGGCAGAAAAAGGAUGUGGCCGUUCUUGGGUGCGAUACGACGACGACGUGGUUGUAGUGAUAGAAACAAUAGAACCCAUACUCCGCCUCAUUCUUGCCCGUCUGUCUCUUGUCUGAUUGUUCUCCUCACUGCGAUGCUAGCCGUGGUCCUAUGUUCUAUGCAGAUCAUUGAAUCCGUCUAACCAUCAUGGAGUCCCCCUUAACUCAGCAAACUAGACCCGAAACCUUCAAGCCUAAAGUCGUGCAACUAUACGAGAACCUAUUUCAGACCUCGGACUAUAAUGAACCCUCCGAGGGAUUUUGGAGGGAGUUCUUCUUGCUGCCGCCUGAUCGGAGCCAGCUCAGCUCUAUCCUAGACCAGCUCAGCCCUGAUGAAACGCUCCACUUACAGGUUCAAACCCAACAGCUUUUCACUCGGGCCAUCCGUGAAGCUGCUUCGAGAGCCAGUCCCGUGGACUCGUAUGCACUAGAGACCUUGAUGGUAUUUCUGGCUUGCGUCUUGAAGAAGAAGUACACCAACCCUAGUUCGGAUGUCAUUACCGUUCUUGCAGGUCUCGAUCAUGUUGACCAAGUUAUUUCGAACUUUGUCGCCGUAUUGGAUGGCAUUAUUCGCAAUGGAAGCAGCUUUGAUUUGCGCAUCAAGGCUAUUAAGACAGCUAUCGCCAUGACCAGUGGCGCAUACAAGACCAGUCUGGUUUCGUAUUUAACGCAUCGCGAUUUAUUCCCGUCCCUCAUGAAGUUCGUCCAAGAAUCUGAAACUCCAAUCCAAGUAUUUGACCCAUUUCUUCUUCUGGGAUUGCUAGCAAACUACAACAAAUUUGAGUUCCAAAACCCUUACCAGCUGCGACUUGACGACUUUGUCAAUGAGACAAGCAUCCAGAAGAUUGUCAAGGGAGUCGGGCUCUCGUGCGCUGCUGUGAGGAACGGUUAUGUUGCUGUGCAGGACGAUGCCCCCGAAGGGUGGACGCUGUUCAGCACAUUGGUUUACUUUGGCCUGGGGGCCCUCUCUCCAAGCAAGAAAGACAAAGCCAGCGCACCGAGUGCAGAAGAAGCCAAGGAGAUGUUCGCGAUGCUGCCGGCCCAGCAAGCAGCUAUCCUUUUGGCUACUUAUGACUUCACAAAUGCCAACAAACUCUUUGGCCAGAAUCUGAUCAGCCAAGCCCCAGACAAAGAUAAUGAAGAAUCGCCAUUUGCUAGUUUCCUCUCGUUGACAUCGUAUCUUCUGCACCACGCCUACCGCUCCCCAAGGAUAGCGCACUAUGCCGAACUCAACCUCUUCACGCUCCGUAUCCUCGCCGAGGACUCCACCCUCUGCAAGCAACUCUGCAGCGAAGAAAACAAAAGAAAAAUCCGCCUCUGUCGCCAAAGACAGCCAUAUCUACCAGUAGUCCCAGGGGACCGCGUCCUCGCAACAGUCAUCUUCGACAUCAUAAUUGAUACAAUCUCCCACAACCUGCGACGCCGCCUCGAUGUCAACAUCUACAGCCACUCAAUCGCGAUCCUCCUCCGCCUCCUCACCUACCUAUCCAUGAACAAAAUCCGCCUAGCGUACCACUGGUCGGAGCUCUGGCGCAACCUUCUCUCGCUCAUGCGCUUCCUAACAACCUACGUCACCGACCUCGCAUCCAACCCUAACAUCACCACCCUGACCACAACCCUCGUAGACCUAGUCGCAUUCUGCGUCUCCGCAGGCGACACCUUCCUCCCCGACCCUUCCUCGUACGACGACCUAUUCUACAAACUGGUCGAGACAGGGCCCAUCAUCACCAAAUACCGCGACGUGUAUUCUCUGAAACCAGCCAGCUCGAAGCCCACAGACCCGAACCCAUCCAAAGACGUCCACGUCGCGGCCAUUGACACCCUCAUUUCCGUCUCAACCCACUUCUACACCCUGCUGUUUAACCCGGAGCAGACCGAUGCGAAGCCCGAUGGUGAUGGCCAAGGCGUGGCGCCUAUCCCGGCGCACCGGAAGAAAAACCUCGGUCCCAGAGAGGUUCAUCGCAUUAUCAAGCAAGGGUAUGAUACGUUGAGCAUUCAGCCGCCGGAGGGGCUGAGCGCUUGGACUAGGUGGCGGGAAACGGAUGCGAAGACGGAGCUGAAGCAGGCUGCCAGGUGCGUUGUUGAAGAUGCGAGGCAGCUGGUUGUGUAG